AGCCACUAUGCUAGAAUCUCCUCUCUAUAAACAACAGCAGCAUCAGCAGCAGUCAGUCACUAUUCAUUGCAAGAGACUCAGAAGCACAAGCAAACUGGUUUCUUAACAAGCAACACAAGACAAACAAUGAGUGAGUCACAGGCUACACUGAAAUCUCAAUUGGAAGAGCUGAAGUGCCACUUUACAUGGGGGCUACAGGAAAAGUAUGCUGAUAUUAAAGAAGUGGAAGAAAGACUUAAUAUUCAACUGAAAUAUUUAAACAAGGAUCUUAAAGUGAGGGUAUAUAACCUGCUGGCCUAUGUAAACCACUUGAAUAAAGAUUAUAAAGAGGCUAUUGUUAAUCUCCAAAAAGCAGAGGCUAUUCUUCAGGAAUCUAAAGUAUUGGAGACCGACAUAAAAUAUCUGCUGACCUUCUCCAACUAUGCGUGGGUCUAUUACUAUCUUAAUGACACUGAAAGGUCCAAGCUCUUCAUUGACAAGAUAAAUGCCAUUUAUACACAAUCAAAAGGGCUCGAAGAUCUUGUGCAAUCUGAGACCAAUGGAGAACAAGGAUGGGCUCUGCUGAAAUUUUGUAGCCAAUACUAUGAGAAAGCAAAAGACUGUUUUGAAGAGGCUCUUAAAGCAAAUCCAGAUGAUCCUGAAUGGAAUAGUGGACUGGCAACUGUAGUUUGUCGGUUGGAGGAAUUCCGAGGUAGAGACGGUUCCGAUUUCAAAAGUUUGUCACUCCAAGUAUUGCAACGAGCAGUUAAGCUGAAUCCAAAGGACUCUGUAAUUAAGGCACUUUUGGCUUUGAAACUACAGCAGUUAAAGAGACAACAAGAGGCAAUGAAGUAUAUUAAGGAUGCCCUAGAAUUAACACCAGAACUUCCAUAUUUGCUUCGCUAUGUUGCCAAAUUUUACAGACGAGCAGGGAUGUUUGAGGAAGCUAUUGGAGUCCUGAAGAAGGCUGUAAGCUUAACUCCUACUUCUGGUUUUCUCCAUCAUCAGCUGGGACUGUGCUACAGACAAAUGCUUAUGCAAAAGAACAGAAGAGGUAAUGGCAGAAGUCCAGAUAUGCAAAACAUAAAGGAUCUAAUGGAAAAGGCCAUAUUUCACUUUGAAAAGGCGGUAGAAGAGAAAAAGUCAUUUCUACAUGCACAUUUUGAUUUAGCAGAUAUGUACGUCAGAUCAAAUCAACAUAAAAAAGCAGAAGAAACCUAUAAAAAGGCCACAGAGCUAACAACCACUCCUGAAUGCGAGAAACAACAAGCCCAUUUACAUUAUGGGGAAUUUCUGGAAAAAUGGAAGAAAUCUGAAGACGAAGCUGUAGAACAGUACAAGAAAGGGCUGCGGAUUCCUGUUCGGAAUAAACACAGGGAAGAGUGUGAGGCGUCUCUGAGAAGCAUAGCCAGACAGAGAUUAGCGAGAAACCCCAGGGAUGCUUCAGGGCUUGCUUUGCUGGGGUUCAUCAGUAAGGAAAACCAGGAUAAAUCAAAUGCAAUGAAAUUGUAUGAAAAAGCUUUAAGCAAUGAUCCAUCCAAUGAUGAAUAUCUGAGUGCUCUCUUUGAUCUGAAGAUGAUGUGAAGAAGAUUAUUUGAAGAUACCUGCAGUGCUACAUGGACAUAUAACCAUGAACUCAUUUAGUUUUGGUCUGUACUUUACAUAUUAGCAGUUAGCUCAACAUUUGCGCAGUUUACAUAUAAAUAAACAUAAAUAACAUGCAGAGUUGGGCCAAAUAGUAUGUGUGGCUAUGACUGUACUACUGUACUAUUUGUCCAUCUGUCCAAUUGCCCCUCACAGCACCCACACUGCCGACUGCUUCUCACUCCUCUGCCUGCUCUCCGCUCUCAUAUAAAAAAAAGUGCUUAAUGAUGUCAUUUCAGUCACAUGACUCACUUGAAGUUGUGUAUUAUAAUAAAUAACG